AUGGGCGAUACAGUCUUGGUUCAGGCUCGAGACCCAGGUAAACUAAGCAUGGAGAUAGAAACUGCACUAGAUGAACAUAGGUUCAGUGAUUCAUGGAAACUGUUUGAACGGCAUAUGCAGAUGGAAGGGUUCCCUAGGAAGUCCCUCUUGAGCAAGCUCUUAACAAGCUUUGCAGAAACCCUCGAUGCCCCGUGGCUCGAGAAGGCAUAUUCCCUUGUGGAACAAGCUAUCGUGGAGAGUAAGCAGACAUUGUUGGAUAAGGAGCCAUUGAUUUAUCUCUCUCUCAGCCUUGCCAAGUGUGGGUUACCGGUUCCAGCAUCAACCAUCUUACGAAAGUUGAUCGAGAUGGAACAAUAUCCUCCUGCCAAUGCUUGGUCAGCCAUAUUAGCUCACAUGUCAUUACGAACACCUUCUGGAGCUUACCUUGCUGCUGAGCUGAUCCUCGAGAUAGGUUACUUGUUUCAAGAUGGAAGAGUGGAUCCCAGAAAAAAGAGCAAUGCACCUCUGAUUGCUAUGAAGCCUGAUACUACUUCUCUGAACAUUGCUCUUGCUGGAUGUUUAUUGGCUGGAACGACAAGGAAAGCCGAGCAACUCCUCGAAAUGAUGCCUCGACUUGGUGUUAGAGUCAAUGCGUGUUUGUUGAUCACGAUGGCUCAGAUAUACUCAAGGAAUGGAAGGAGAGAAGAGUUGAAGAAGCUUCAGAGGCAUGUAGAUGAAGCACCCGGUUUGACUAGUACUCAGUUUCGCCAAUUCUAUGAUUGCUUAUUGAGCUGUCACUUGAAAUUCGGGGAUCUCGAGGCUGCAUCUGAUAUGGUGUUGAAGAUGCUGCAGAAGGCAAAGAAAGCAAGAAACUUUAUUUCAAUGGCUGAACUUCCUUCGGCAGGGGAUGGUAAUAAGCUGCUGUCCAAAGGGAAGGUUUCUCAGGAAAGCUUACAUCAAAAGGAAUCCGAUCGAGAGGUUUCUCAGGAAAGGUUGAAUGACAGAGAAUACACAAACCGAGUUGUAUCUUACCAAGAUUUUUGUAGAGACAGGAACUUUUUGCAACUUCAUGCCGAGGCAAAGCAAGUGCUCGAAACUUUGUUGGCGAAAUUGCAGGUGCAAGUGGAAUUGAUUUCAACUGAGCAUGGCAUUCUUCAGCCGACAGAGAAGAUUUAUGUAAAACUGGUCAAGGCCUUUCUGGAAGCUGGAAAGAUCAAGGAAUUGGCUGCAUUUCUUAUCAACGCCGAGAAAGAGGACUCCCCGGCAUCCAACGAUGAUUCGGCAUUAGUCCACGUCAUCAACUCAUGCAUCUCUCUUGGCUGGCUAGACCAGGCACAUGAUCUCGUCGACGAGAUGCGUAUGGCUGGAGUUAGAGCUCCCUCUUCUAUAUACGCCUCCCUCCUGAAGGCAUACUGUACAGCAGAUCGAGCUCGUGAUGCUGGGGCUCUCCUUCGAGAAGCUCGUCGAGCUGGGAUCCAGCUUGAUUCAACUAGCUAUGAAGCACUGAUGGAGUCCCGAGUUCUCGAGAAGGACACCCAAGGAGCCCUCCACCUAUUCAAAGAGAUGAAAGAGGAGAAGCUACCUAGAGGUGGUCAUCCGAAAUUUGAGAUGCUGGUCAAGGGUUGCGAAGAGAAUCGUGAGGCAGGGCUUAUGACCAAGCUCCUGAGAGAGAUCAGGGAAGGGCAAAGUAUGGACUCAGGAGUGCAUGACUGGAACAACGUGAUCCAUUUCUUCUCCAAGAAGAGGUUGAUGGGUGACGCCGAGAAGGCUCUGAAGAAGAUGAGGAGCCUGGGGCUCACACCAAAUGCAGCCACGUUUCAUUCGAUGGUGACUGGCUAUGCAGCUGUCGGAGGAAAGUAUAUUGAAGUGACUGAACUCUGGGGAGAGAUGAAGUCUAUUGCUUCGGCUACUACGUCGUUGAAAUUUGAUCAGGAACUCCUCGACUCCGUGCUCUAUACAUUUGUGAGAGGCGGGUUCUUUGCCCGAGCUAAUGAGGUUGUGGAUGCGAUGGAGAAGGAGAAGAUGUUCAUAGACAAGUACAAGUACAGAGCACUCUUCUUGAAGUACCACAAGACACUGUACAAGGGAAAGGCUCCCAAGUUUCAGACAGAAUCCCAGGAGAAGAAGAGGGAGGCGGCAUUGGCUUUCAAGAAGUGGUUAGGUUUGGGUUGA